AUCCAGCAGUUGUGUUUGAGCUGCGGUGGAAUUUGACCGGUGCAAAUUGUGCAACGUGGAAGAACAAUACGCUCAAUUCCCAUUCUUAAAUCUUUACGCUCCAUCCCAAUCAAUAAUUUGUUUAAAAAUGCAAAUUGCUGAUCUUCAGAUUCUUGUUUCCGCCAUAUAAUGAACUAUACGAAACAGAAAAUAAAAUUUUAGAGGAACCAAGAUAUAAGUGAAAAGAACCGAACGAAGAAUCAAAUGGCUCUGGCGAUGUCGAUGUUCAGAGGUUCAAGAGAGCUGCUAGGGAUGUUAUUAACAGAUAGUUUUCAAUCAAUCCGCAGAAACAGAAAAAAUCUAAGCAGAGUGAGAAGGGUCAUACCAUUUCAAAGAUCACUGAAGUUUGUGCAAACAGCGUGCCGGAUAUCAGUUCCAGGUAUCUCAUUUGAAAAUGAAGAAAAGCAACCUUCGAAUCUUUUGAGAGACAAAAAGAUACUGCCAUAUUCAGAUCCCCCCGGGGUGGAAGAUGUUUAUCUUUUGUAUCAGUUCUUUGAUAGGAGUUCAAAGCUUGUUGUUUUGACUGGAGCUGGGAUUAGCACAGAAAGUGGAAUUCCUGAUUAUCGAAGCCCAAAUGGAGCUUACAGUACUGGUUUCAAACCAAUUACUCAUCAGCAAUUUAUGCGUUCCACUCGGGCCCGCCGACGGUAUUGGACAAGGAGCUAUGCUGGAUGGAGACGUUUUACUGCUGCACAACCAGGGACUGGUCAUAUUGCAGUAGCAUCUCUUGAAAAAGCAGGCCGCAUAAAUUUCAUGAUUACACAAAAUGUAGACAGACUACAUCAUCGCGCUGGCAGCAACCCACUUGAGUUACACGGGACUGUAUAUAUUGUUGCUUGUACAGAUUGCGGUUUGCCUCUCCCUCGAAAUUCAUUUCAAGACCAAGUGAAGGCUCUUAAUCCGAAGUGGGCCGAAGCAAUUGAAAGUUUAGAUUACGAUAGUCACUCUGACAAGAGCUUUGGAAUGAAGCAAAGGCCUGAUGGAGAUAUUGAAAUUGAUGAGAAUUUCUGGGAGGAGGAGUUCUAUAUUCCUAAUUGUCAGAGAUGCGACGGUAUACUGAAACCUGAUGUUGUCUUCUUUGGCGAUAAUGUCCCCAAGGAUAGAGCUGAUAGAGCAAUGGCAGCUGUGAAGGAAUGUGAUGCUUUCCUUGUCCUUGGUUCGUCUUUGAUGACCAUGUCUGCUUUCCGACUUGUCAGAGCGGCUCAUGAGGCUGGUGCUGCUACUGCAAUUGUAAAUGUAGGCGUGACAAGAGCUGAUGAUUUUGUACCUUUGAAAAUUAAUGCUCGAAUUGGCGAGACACUAUCUAGAGUGCUAGGAAUUGGUUCCCUCAGUGUCCCUGCUGCAUAGUGCAAUUGUCAUGUAGGAGCAAAGCACGAUGAGACGAACAUUUUCUUCUACUGCUCAAUGGCAGGAUCAGACUUUUAUGCCAAACAUGUAAGUAUUGUGCUUUUAAGCAUAAAAUUGAGCUGUUCGUUAAUUUAUAAAUGCAGUUUAUAUUUUCUUUUGUGACACUUCGACUAUGCACAAAACUUAGUCAUGGCAAGCUACGACUUGUAGCACAUGAUGUAACCAUAUAAAAUAACAAACAAGAACGGUAAAUAUAUUCAGGAAACACUUGUCAUUGACUUCAUGGAUGAUACCUUUUGGAGUUUAUUUACUGUUACAGACUAGGAAUAUGAUGUAUAGAUUGUUUUUGCUGGAUCUUAUAUUUCAAUAAUCGAAUCUCGUGUGAAGUUUGAACA